AGGGGAGGGUUUUAAUGUAAGCGAUUCCGGCUCGCUAUUGGCUGCUCAUCUUAGCGUUAAAGAGAAAAUCUCUUUUGCUCGGAGUUGCUGCUUCAGCUGUAGUUGAACGUCAAUGGAGGAAUCCGAGGGCUAAAGUUAAGAGUCAGAGAGAUGUCUGUGGAGGCCGAGUCAUUGCUGCAGGAGGUGAAGGAGUGCAUAGAAGCAGCUCAGAACUACAGGACUGAACUGCAGCAGAGAAUACAGGGACUGAGCCAGGCACGCAAACAGGUGCGGGGAAGCUCCACUCACACUCGUGAGGUUUUGAAACGUCAUUUUCAGGAUCUCCAGGUGACGCUGAGCCGUUUGCUAAACGAGCGACUGAACGCACUCCUACAGGAAGUGGACACCAUCGAGCAGGACAGCAUCAGUCCACUAGAUGACUGCCAGAAGCUCAUCGAACAUGGCGUCAAAAUGGCGGACGAGCUCUUGCGUGAAGGUGAAGCUGCGAUACGCUGUGGGAUCAGUGACCGAGAGGACAAACUGUGCAGCUUCGCAAAAAAAGCCCUACACAUCCAACUAGACAGCCUCCCCGAGGUGCCGGCGCUGGUGGACGUGCCGUGUGUGUCGGCGCAGUUAGACGACUCGUUGCUGUGUGUGAUGCAGGAACGAAUGGUGCGUCAUGGGAGUGUGUCGUCACACCCGCCUGUACAGAUAGAGGAGCUGGUUGAGAGAGCAGGUGGAGUGCUGGUGCGCUGGAGCAAGGUGGACGAGGACUUCUUCCCUCAGGAGUACAGACUGCAGUACAGACGCAGUAGCUCCACCCACUAUGAAGACGCCUACAUCGGGAGCGAGUGUGAGUUUCUGCUGCUGCAUCUGGACCCUCACACGGAUUACCUGUUCCAAGUGUGUGCGCGUGGUGAGGGACGCACCGAAUGGAGCCCAUGGAGCGUCCCACAGACCGGAUACACAACACUCACAGCACACGAGUGGAGUUCCGCCGUGGACGGCUACAUUCUGAGCAGCAGGAAGAACAUGGCCCUGCGCAGUGACUCGUCUUCUUCAGGCUGCACUUCAGUGCUUUACUCCAACUCGCCGUCUUACUUCUGUGGACAAACUCUCACCUUCAAGAUUACAGCAGCUGGACAGAUAGAUAAGCGUGACAGUGUGGGGGUGUGUGUGGAUAAACGCAGUGAUUCAGAAUCUCUGCAGAGGGACCAGGCUGUCUGUAUCUCCACUAACGGUGCUGUGUUCGUUAACGGGAAAGAAAUGACCAAUCAGCUACCUGGCGUCACCAUCGGCUCGGCCAUCACCUUCGACAUGGAAGUGGUCAGCAUUUUUCCCGCCAACAACAAUAACCCAAGUGAUGCGAGCAGCUUCAAACUUCGGGUUACGAUUGGUUCAGGGAACAGGGAGGUGGUUUUCGAUUGGCUGCUUGACCAAGUUGUGGACUGCCUCUUCUUUGGCUGUUCCUUCACACACCCGGGCUGGAAAGUGCUAGUUUUCUAGAUGCCGCACUUCCUUGUUUUGCUGAUUUGCUUUUCUUAGAUUUGUAUUUUGAUGUCAAAGCUGUUUACAGUGUUUACUCAAAGCACACAGAGUUUUUUUUGUUUUGGUUUUAUUUACAUUGCAGCCACCAUGCUAAAUGUUGAACUUCUACCUUUUGUUUUUCUGUUAUUUCAUUUUAACCCCAAGCACAUGAUUUAAAAAAAACACACACAACUCCAAAACAUUUAUUGUUUGGGCUACUGGGUCACCUAUGGGAGGAGAAGCUUGAUUGAGUUGUAACAUUGAAUGAUUUGUCAGUACAAAGAAUAGUAUAAAGGUUCUUCCCAAGUUAACUUGUAAGAACAAACACAAGAACAACGAGAGAUGUGCUGCAUACUCACCUUCAAAUGCUAACCUCUUUCAGCUUUAAGAUUUAAUGAGCCAAAAGCUAAUGCUACAAGUUACUACAAGAUGUAAGUCCUAGCUAACCAGAAUUUGCUGUGAUGACCUUGCCAUUGUUCAUGCUGGUUACAAAUACUGUAUCAAUCUCACACUGUUUAUAUGAAGGUGCCGUGGAUUCACCCAGCCGACGUUUACUGGUUCUCUGCUCUCCUACUUGUUUCCCUUUCAACAUAGUUUAGCUCAGAUUACUAAAAAAACAACCCAAUAAAAAUCAUAAGGACUUUAUUCUGAUUAUCCUAAUAAGAUUUUAAUAGUGUGCCUGAAAAGUAAUUCCACAAAACAUUUGCAUUUGUCUCUCAAGAACAGGUGUGUUUGAGGUUUUUCUAGUUCAAACAAUGUUGCAGACUCCGUUGCAGAGCAUGCUGGUUUACCACACAAGCUCAAUCGCGCAUCUUUGAGGUUGCACCGUUUUUUCUUCUUUUUGUUGUUGUUGAGCUCCAAGUUAAUAAUGAAUUCUUCUCCAUGCUAAUGCUAAUCUGUGGAAUCUGGACUGAAAUGAAAGUGGUGCAAAAACAAAUGUGAACUGUGUUUCUCUCACCUGAUGUUUUUUUGUCCAUAACCCAUAUCAUACUAGGUCAAAGUUUAGUACAAGAUGCUAGCUGGUUAGCAUAAUAAACUUUUAAUUUUAAGAACGUUUUGAGAAAAAUUGUUCUUUUAAAAUGGUGGCAUAGUGGCUGUAGCUGAAUUCCAAAACUGAAAUGCUAAAUUCCAAGAUGUGCCAUUGUACAAUUGUCAUUUACGGAAUGAGGAGUCAGAAGAAAAAAAAAAAACAAUUUCAGUGAGUCAGUAUUGGGGGGAAAAAAAACUAAUUCAGUUAUUUAAAAACUUCUAAAAGGUACUUAGAUAUUAUAAUGCUGUUGAACAUGUGACCAGACGCGUAGCAUCACUUAUCAGACUGUGACGGUUCAGUGAAUUUGUAUCCUCUUUGUACCUCAUUUGUGUGUAUGUGCCUUCUAAAUACACCUGUUAGAGCGCAAGCAGAAUAUUUUGCCAGUAAUUAAUAAACAAUUCAAUUCAAUAUUAUUUGUAUAGUGCUUUAAAAAAAGAGACAACCAUAAAUCAGCUUUUAAGAAAUUUGCAUAGAAAAGCUCUAUGGGGAGAAAUAAACCUGGAGAGGAACCAUUAUGACAGCUUUAGAAGAGCUUAGACAAUACUAAACCAAACGAAGUAUGUUGAAAGGAUGGUCGUUGUAGCUUUUUGUUAAUUAAUAUGUCUGGACUAAUUGUUUAUGAUUUUAGCAACAGUUCUUAAAUGGUAUAGCUGGACAGUAUCCAGGUGAGAUUAUUCGCUGAAGCAAGGGCUUGGGAAUAAAUUGUUUACGGGAAAUGGAAAUCUUUAGGGUUUCCAUGUGGGACCAUCCACAGUGAGCAGGAAGCUCCAUGCAGAAGUAGAGUAUCAGGAUGCAUCAGCUGGGUGUAUGGCACCAGGUUGCACUAUGGGAAGAAGACAAACCAGUGGAAGUAGUGUGAUGCUCUGGCAUUCAUGUAGAUGUGACAUUGAUACAAAGCACUCACCUAAACAUUACUGCAGUCCAUCUACACCCAUUCAUGGCAACAGUAUUCCCUAAUGGUUGGGGCCAGUAUAAUGCUCCUGCCACACUGCUAACAUAGUGGAUAAUGUAGAUUUCUGUCCUUACAAACGAAAAGCAGUUGAUGCCAGAUACCACAGCAUGCAUCAGUCUUGUAGAGUCAAUGCCUCGACAUGUCAGAGAUGUUCUGGUGGCACAAGGAGGAUCUACACAAUAUUAUGCAGCUGGUUUUAAUGUUAUGGCUGAUUGGAGUACAUUAAUUAACAAAAGAAAAACUAUACUUAUUUCCUCAGACGUCAUGAGUACAUAUGAAUAUACUAACUGGAAAUGGAAGUAACCAGAUAGUUAAAUGAUCAUCUAGUAAUCAUUUAGUAGACAUGGGAAGGGUUUCUCAGUAAUUUAAAGAACCAUACCCAAAGCUACCAAAAUAUAACAGCUCCAAUUGUUCAUUGUGUUGUGUGUUGUCCAAGUGCGUAGUCCCAGGCCAUGAACUUUACUCUGUGACCACUUGUAGUAAAAAUAUCAACAAGCAACAUGGAUUAUUGGCAAUGAAAAAAUCCUUUAUUUAUUUUUUUUUUUAAAUAGAAAACAAAACAACUCUUUUUGAACAAAAGCACCAACAAGCUGGCUCUUUAUACAUCCCCCCCAUGGCCAACUGUAUUUUGUGCAAACGUCACUGGUCUGAAAAAUGUUUUUAGCUGGUCAAGUUACAGUCCAGAAUUGAAUAAGAACUCCUGCACAGAUCCAUCAAAAAAAAAAAAAAGUAAAGCCAAAGCUUCAAAAUGGAUGCAAAGAAUUUCAAAGAAUUACAGUAGCUUCGCUCCCUUUGGUAUGUGAAGUCGACUUCAUCAACAAAAAAAAAACCCAUCCUUCUCAUGAGAUAUAAUCCUUUUUUUUUUUUUUUGCAUCUGUUCCCCAAGUGUACAGUAGAGCCAUGUGCCGCUAAUCAGCUCCACAACAAAAUAGUGAUAUUUAGCGUGCACUAGACUGGAGAGCUUCUGUGCUUAUGUUAAUUAUAGAAGUGAGACAUUUUUUGAACACAGCAUGAAAAUUUUAAAAACUCUAAUUAAAAAAUAAAUUUUUUUUAAAUAUUUUGUAAUUAAAAACAAAAUAAGUUCAAGAGAUUAAGAUACGAAAAUGUAAUCGCAUGAGUUUUGCUGUCUGGCUUGUAUGCAUAUUCUGAAAAUGCUGCCUUUGUGGGCAGAGUUUACUUAAGAUCCUACAAGAUUCCAAAUGUUUCAGGCUUUGUGAAAUGAUCACUAGUUUAACUGCACCAGGAGCAUCAAGUCUGUGUAUUUUUUAACCUAAACUAAAAUACGGCUCAGCCUUCUCUGCUAAAAACUAGGCUUGAUAUUGAUCCAAAAUAAGGAUUGUUUUAAGACAAUUGGAAAGAAUAUUUAGAUUGUACAUGUAUUGUCACAGAAUAUUGUGAUUGUAUCGUCGACCUGAUUAACGGCACGUGCGCAUCACUGCAUUUUGGUUAAAGCAAAGUAAAACAGCACAAAUACAUUGGAAACAAACCAAAACAAUCAGCAGGAAAGAAAAACAAAACACUGCUAAUUAAAAUAGAAAUAGGGAAAAAAAAAGAAAAUAAAAAGAAAUAAAAGAAAUAACCUGCACUUCUCACUACAGAUGCACUGAUCUGACAUGGAACAAAGACAUCAGACAGGAUCUGAUCUGAUCUGAUCCACUCUUCAUUUUCCUGCAUGUUAUCAAUAUAUGAAUAUGAUGUUUACCUCAAGCUGUCAUUGGCUAGGACUUUUCCAAGAUUCAACAGAUCUGUGCUUCUCAUGACGCACACAUAUUACACAUACUGGAAUGUAACUAUAAGAGAGCAUAAAUAACAGUUUAAGCAAGUCCUGUAUUUACGCUUCACUAUUGCCACUCAAUUUAAAUGUGCAGAAACGAGCAUCAAACUUAAAAAAAUAAAAAUAAUAUGUAUCAGUGCAUUCCUAAUUUGUUUCUACAAAAAAUAAAACCCCACGUGACUAAAAUAUCCACACAAAGACUGCAUCCUGCAUAAAGUACUUAUUAACUAAGUGUAAACAAUUCUGCAAGGUGUCCCCCUACUCACAAGGCUGUGUGUGUGUUACCCUGUACUGUAUGUAUAUAUGUACAGGUGUGUGUGUGUGCCGUAUCGAAAUGUUUAGCUUUAGCCAUUAUUAUUACUGGCCAGCCUUCAUUUUUACCUCAGAACACCACCUUCAAGUAGACUUAAAAUUUCAACAAAAAGCUGUACUUGUGCUAGCUGAGCAACUCUAGCUGCUAAACUUCACAAAAAUCUUCUAGAUGAACAAUUCUAAAUGGUGUUAUUCACCAGGCAUGUUUGUGAUAGAUGCCCAACAUCUUUAAAUGCUAGGCUAGCAGAAAGUGCAGCCAAGUAACUAGCUUUCAUUAGCGCUUAUCUCAGUUUAAAAUCCUAAACCGUUAAGUUAGACACCUAGCAAGUGAACUUGUGUUUUAUGUAUUUUUUUUUUUUUGCAACAAGCACUAACUUAUCUUAUUAUCUUAUUUGGUAUUCAAGCUAGGAACUGGCGAGAAGGGUAAAAGGAUGAAAGGUGUAGUUACGUUUAACUAACUCCUAUAACGCAAAGCUGACAGACCGCAAAUAUGACUCCCUACCUAGCUAGGUAGGUCAGUUAGAAAAAAGCUAGCCAAUGACAGCAC